ACGUCCAGGACAUUGAUGGAAAGUUUUUCCAAAAGAAUUAUCACAAUCUUUCGCAUAAAACCCAUUUUCUGCAAAAGUUCAAAUUGUGUCUAAAAACAAACGGUUUUGUGAGAUUUCAAUUAACCACAAAAGGACUGUUGUAGUGAUUAAUUUAAAAAUGAAAACAUUUUUAAGAUUUUAAAUCUUAAGUGAUUAUAAAGGAAAAAAUUCAAGGAUUGAGAAAAUGUUUUGAAAAUCUCUGUGAGGACUUUUUGUGGUGAAAAGUGCAAUUGUUGAGACAAUCUUGUGAAGGAUUUUUGGAAGUGAAAGCCAGGGAAGAAACAGAAAUGUCUAAAAGUCAAUCAGAGCACAUAAAACGCCCCAUGAAUGCCUUCAUGGUGUGGUCAAGGGGACAGAGAAGGAAGAUGGCUCAGGAUAAUCCCAAAAUGCACAAUUCAGAAAUCUCCAAGAGAUUAGGAGCUGAAUGGAAGCUCCUAUCGGAAUCCCAAAAGCGCCCCUUCAUUGAUGAGGCCAAGAGACUGAGGGCGCUUCACAUGAAGGAACAUCCAGACUACAAAUAUCGGCCACGACGAAAACCAAAAACUCUUGUAAAAUCCCCUGUGCCACCGUCAAAUCAUCACUCACCUGUGUCAAAUAAUCACCAGCACCCGGGAAAGGAAUCCCAAAUCCCCGCAAAGUAUCCCUUUGUGCCCAGCCUGGAUCUCAGUCUCAGCCUCCCGCCACGACCGCCGGGAUUCCCGCUGCCACACUAUUCCACCCUCGAUCCGGCCUUUGCGUUGGACCUGCAGGCGCGAUUGCAGGCAAUGUGCGCCAAUGGGGGGCUCUACCAUCCAUGGCGCUACUUUGGAUGCCCCACCGUAAUACCUGCCGCCGAUUCUCCACCCUCACCACCCACACCAGUCUCCUAUGUGUGCGUUAAAUCACCCAAAGCGUCACCACCACCCACUGCGACGCCCAGCACGGGGGUGCCACCAUCGACAGUCAUUUGACCCACACCGUUGAGAUUUAAAGUGGAGCAUACGGCUGUCUAGGAUAUAUUCACAUGCAGGAUCGACACUUUUGGGUAAUUUAUUCAAUAUUGUGUAACAAAAAGCACCCCAAUGAGUUCUUGAGCUGUUCUAAUCCCCCCUGUUUUGCCCUCUAAAGCCAUGAAGAAUUAGUCAGAAAUUAAUGGUUUCGUGAUUAUAACCAAACAGUAAAAAAAAGGCACAGUCAGUCCUAUUCAACGACCAAGAAAUCCUUGAAAUCUUUGAAAUUUGCUUCGAAAUUUCAAUAAUUUUAAUGAUUUCUUUGUGGCAGAAUAUGGCCCAAUAUUGAAGGAAAAUUAGAAGAAAUUUUCCUAAAUUUUUUGACUUCCGUUGAUAAUAAAAUUAUAUUUAAAAAAACAUUUAAAAUUUGUAGGAUUAAAGUUUGUACCCGCCAAUGGCAUAACCCCAUAUUGCCGGCAUUCCCCUAUUUCCGAGACAGAAUACACUCUAUGUGGGUCUCCUCUCUAGGGCCGGGCCCUCUAGUGGUGGAAUACAUAGCGGGUCGCUAAGUGAUUAGAGUCAGUUCUUUGUGGGACGUGGAAGGGUGAACACGCGUUUGUGAAAUGCUCGUCGACUCAGGGACGUUUCCACCACUAGAUGACCGGAAAGCGGGAACUGACUCCAGCCCAAAUCACUUCUGAGAAUAUUUCCCUUACAAAUUGUUAAUUUUUGACGAAUGAAAAUAUGACACGAAAACACAAACCACCCCAUCCCAAUCUGACUACAUAUAACAUGGCAAGGGCGGAACAGGAUAAACCCCCAAAAUGGUCAUCUCAAUUAACACAAUUUCUCCCAGCAAACGGGACAUUGCGGAUGUAGACAGGUUAAUGGUCUCAUAAUUGCAUAUCACAGAGACUCACACUUUGUCCAAACCCAUUGGGAGGGUGAGGGUGGAUACGGGGUUAAAUGGUCGAGAGGAUGUUGCAAUCGAGAUGUUUCAAUUACACAGCAAAAUUAAUCCUUUUCGUUUUGGCAUUUCUAUCGCAUUCACCCCUCGCAUUUUUAACCCUAUCUCACCCCAAAUGAAAAAUUUAUUGUGUAGAAAAAUCACGAGGAAAUUACUUACUGGAAUUUUAUUAUUUUAAAUAGAUUUUAUUAUUAUUUUUUUUUUUGUUUUUCGGUUAAAAUAUUUUCCCAAAGCAUUUUUUAACGUUAUUAAAUUCAAAUAAAACCAAACAACAAUUUAUUUUGCACAGGAAAGUACUCAAAAAACACUCACAGAUUAAAAAAAUCAGUUCAUAACGAAAGGAUAAAUGAAAGGAGUACAUUCAAUUUUGCUUAUGACAUCAUUGAAAGAUGAAAACCAAUUAAAGGCAAAUUUUGUAGAACGUCAAAAGACAUUCAAGAAAAACCAAAGAAUUUUUUUUCAGCUCUGAAAAAACAUAGAUAAAAUUGCAAAAUAAAGGAACCGAAAAGGACACACCUUCCUUUGUACUCUAUAUUUUCGCGUAAAGCAUAUGCCUCACGCAUUAUCACUAGUCGCACUAUAUGUAGUAUACUUCAAUCACUGUUUAUUGAUCAAUCACUGUUGAAUCACUGUUUAGUGUUUAUUGAAAAAAAAAUGUCCGUUCAUAGAAAAAAUGUACGGGUAAGCUGACCAAGCUUACGAGAGCUGUGUUUCUUUCAGUGUACCAAUUUUGUGAGAGUAAACUAGAACGCGAAUUAAUUUAAAUACGCGCAAAGUCGGGAAAAGUUGAAAAGUCAUCCCCCAAGAAAUCUUUAAAACGCCAUAUCUCGGGAAAGGCUCCAUAGAUUUUCGAGUUUGAGCUAUCGUUGGAAAGGUCUUAACCUCAACUAUAAUAUAUUAAAAUAUGAAGUAAAUCGAUAAUGGCAUUUUCGAAAUAUUCGAGUUCGAAAUUUUCGAAAAUUUUGAUUUUGACUUUAGCGCCUCUCGCGGUCAUUUCUCGAACUUGCAAUGUUCUAGACAUUUGUAGGGUUUCACGAAACCUUUCAUUUGCGCUUGACUUGAUCAAAAUCGGACUUGUAGGACCCGAGAUAUGACAUGCCAACUUUGGAAGGCUAUAUCUCGAGAACGGCGACAUAGAUUUUCUUCAUUUUUGGCAUGGAGCUAGAUAAUAUGGUCAGCUAUAACAUAUCAAAAAAUGAAGUAAAUCGAUAAUGGCGUUUUCGAGAUAUUCAUCGAAAACUAAUCGAAAAUUUUGUUUUUGAUUUUUGGCCCUCUAGCGGUCACUUUUGAAACUUCGGAUGUUCUAGAGAGUUGUAGGGCUUGUUGAGAGCUUUCAUAUGAGCCUGGGUUGAUCGAAAUCGGUCAAGCCGUUUUCGAGUUAUGAUCGAUUUUCGAUAAAAAAUUGUGACGGCCAUAUUGACUAAACGGCUUGACCGAUUUUCGAAAAUGAGGUAUCGUUGGAAAGCUCUUGAUGUCCCCUACAACAUAUAAAAAUUUCAGAUUUUUAGCUAUUACAGGGGCUGAGAUAUAGCGAAAACAAAAUUUUGAGGUUAUUCAAAAUGGCGGACGGAGGGGUGGGGGGGUGGAUUUGACCUCAUAAUCGGAUGUCUUCCGGUCGAUAUUUAAACUUUGUCGUUUACCGCAAGUCUCUAUCUAUUACCGUUCUCUUGCAAUUUAGCGUUGUACUACGGCCGGACGGACGGACGGACGGACGGACGGACGGACGGACGGCCGGAAAAAAUCUUAUUUUUGGCGCAUACGUUUUUUGGAAUGUGGGGACCCUAAUUCGUGCUCAUCCCAAGUUUGAGUCCGAUCUGACGACUUUCGAUUUUGCUCGGUACACAAAAGCUGUGUCUGAAAGAAACACAGCUAAUAAAAUAAAUUGAACAUCAUGAAAUGAAAUAUAGAAGCAUAUGCUUUUCGCGAAGGGCUUUAUUCUUGUAAUAAAUAUUUGCAAAUUUUCCCAAACUGAUUCAUGUAAAAAUUUUAAAAAAAAAUUAUUCUUGAAUAACUUUUCGUCUCUCUACAAGAUUUAAUCUUGCCGGUGUAUCUUUCAAGAAAUUCAUAUGAUGAUCAAAAAUGAAUAGUCUCCUUUUAAUUUUUCAUUAAAGAAAAUAAAAAUUAAUGAUAAAAAAGUAAAAUUCCAGAAAUAAAAAAAAACAAGAAUAAAAAGCACAAAACAUAUUUUUCAAUUUAAAAUUAAUUUGAGAUAAAUUCACAUCCAAACUGGAGAUAAAGUUGAUAAGAAAUCCGUAAUGUUAAAAAAUGGGGAAUAUAGUUCUUUAAAAAUGUGAUAGUUUUCAUAUCAUUCAAAAGAGCAAAAAUGAAAGAAAAAUCAUGUUGAAAAUGUAAGUAAAUCUUGAAAUGUAAUAAA